AUCCAAUUUUAGGUUAAGCCAGUUGUAAAUGUAUCAACGUGCUCGUCAUAAAUUUUCAUUUUUUGCAGUUGGUUUCAUCUAUAAGUGGAUGCUUGCAUUUUUUCAAAAGUUUCUAUCAGUUUCAUACAUUUAUGUUCAACUACCUUUCAUCAAAUGACCAAGUAUUUCCAUCUUUUAAACUAGCUUCCGAAGCUCGCUUCAGCUCAAACCUGCCGAGGAGUUCAUGAUAUCAGAGCUUCAGUGAAACUACUUUUUCAGAUUUCAAACCAAUUCAUUCAGACGUACAAUGAGCUCUCAGAAGGGAAACUUGAGCAGAUCCAGACCCCAAAAGCAUAAAAAUUCUGUCGCUUUCAAAAACACCCUGCAUGAUAGAACCCCGCAGACCAUUAAGAUUGUCAACAAAAAUAUUGUGAACGUAUGCCUCAGAUGCAAAGGAAUUCUUGACUGGAAAGUUAAGUACAAAAAGUAUAAACUUCUGACCAAACCAGCCAAUUGCACCAAAUGUAACCAGAGGACUGUUCUUGAGGCGUAUCACACUAUCUGUCGCCCCUGUGCCAGUAAGCUCAAAGUAUGCCCAAAGUGCGGGAAAAAUGAAUCCUUAGUGAAAGAUUUGGAGGAAAAAGAAAAAGAGGAGCUCGGCGAAAACUCAACAGAGGAUCUGACGGAAAAUGUUAAGAAAUUAAGUGUCAAAGACAAGAAAAAGAAGAAGAAAUCCAAAACUGAAGAUGAUUUUGACUCAAGUGACUUUGGCUCCAGUGACUUUGAUUCCGAUUUUGAAUGAAUCCUCUAGCUGUGAAGUUCCAGUAAAAAAAAAAAAAAGAGGGAGUAAUGCAGGUUGUCUCUCUACCGGAGAUAAGUAACUGUACACGCUGUUAAUUUGAACAGCAGAUUGAUUUUGUCUCUUGAUCAAUGCUUCUAAAUACUGUCACUCAAUUUGACAGUGUUCAAUGAAAGGGAACUAAGUUUUUCUGAAACAAAGGGCCUGUUCCUUAGUUGAAAGUAUUCUCCGUAAGAGGCAGUUUUAAUGAAUUUGCAUUGUCUCUCUUUUGAUCAUUUAAAUUAGGAAAAAUUAUUGAGUUGUUGAGGGCAUAAUCAAAUACUUAAAAAUGUAAGUAUUUCUUUCUUUACUUAUACUUUUCCCAUUAUUUUUCACUCCUGUAUAGUCAUGAUAGGACCAACCGACCACUCAGUUCCUAACAGUGCUUUUUUAUUUCAGCUUUCUUCCCAAGAAGUAUAAAUGGCCCAACUAACUAAACAUACUGAAUAAAUACUCAAAAUUUUCUCUAACAAAUUCUGUUAUCUACUAGCUAAUUACCAGAUAAAAUAACCUGAAAGUAUUCAAAUCAAAAAUCUGACACUUAAAGUGUUUAUCAUGAUAAUUAACGCAGAUUUCUAUGAGUCACUUCAACCAGCAUGUAUUUUUUUUCUGCCAAGGAAAGGAGUUUCCCUUUGCCGAUCACUGCUCAAUAUUUUCCUUUACAAAAUGCCAACAAUUAAUUACCGAAGUGAGAAUGUUUUCUCAUUUCCUCUUUUUUAGUUUCAAUUUAUCUGCUAACUCUACAUUUGUUCACCUGUGAUAUCUUGAUGAAUUAGCUUCGGGUUCAUUUUUAUUCUGACAAAAAUAAUUAAAACUGUCAAGUAAGUGUUCCGUUAAUGUCUUUUUUUGUAUCAUUAAAAAGAAGUUUUUCGUUUUCAUA